AUAGUUAUUAUUUUUUUGUGUAUCUCAAACUCAUAAAAAUAUUAUUUGUUUUGCUUGGAAUGGCUGAUAAAGAAUUUGCAAAAAAUACUUUUUAUUUUUUUUAGAUUAGGAGAAUACAGGUUGCAAAUUGCAACAAAUAUAUUUCCUGCAGAGAUUGUUUAUCUGCAAUGGACCCACACUGUGGAUGGUGCCACACAAAGAAAAGCUGCACUUUAAAAGGAAAAUGUCCAUUUUCUAGUAACUCACCUAACUGGGUAAAUAUUUCAUAUGGCAUAGAUAAGUGCCUGAAAAUCUACACUUCUCAACUCAAAAAUAAUAAGGUUCAUGUGAGAGUAGAUGUAAAUUCUUUUGGUCUUUCUGAAGCACAUUCCCAUUGUAAGAUGUUAAAUGCAAGGACCAAUGAAAUUCUUUGUAAUGUGAAUCAACACCAUCUAAAUUGUUCCUGUAAUAUAACAUUUAAAGAUCCAUCAGAGAAAGUUCAAGUGUCAUUCAUCUCAGGAACUUGGAAUUUAUCAGAAAUAUUUGAAUUUGACAUCUGUUCUUUAUCAAAAACGUGCUCAAAAUGUGAUCAUCCGCACUGCACCUGGAAUGCUAGAGAAGAAAAAUGUGUUACCUCUUCUAUGACUUGUGCCAAAAAAAUUGAUUGUAGUAGAACUAUCAAUGCAUUAAACAAAAAAGAUCAUUCAGCAACAUCAAAGCCUAUUAAAAUUAUUUCCAUUGAACCAAACUACAUGUCAACAUUAGGUAAACCUGAAGUGCUAGUCAUAGGAGAAAACUUUACAAAAUCAAAUUUUUUGAUGGAGAUAACUGGAACCAGCAGCUGCCAACAAGAUGUGGGAUAUGUUACUAAAGUGAUAAAUGACACACACAUGAAAUUCUGUUUACCACCAAGUCGUAAAGAAGUCAAGAGCGCAUGCAUAAAGGAAAACGGAUUUGAAUGUUCUGCCUCUCUUCCACUAUAUUACGUCUCUUUUCCAUCAUGCGCUAAAAUCCUUCCAAAUACUACUUGGAUGAGUGGAGGUCGCAAGAUGACUAUACAUGGGAAAUAUCUGAAUAUCACAGAUGAAGUUAUUUUAAGUGAUUUCUCACAAACCAUAAUGCAAUUUACUUGCCAUAAAAAUAGUUUUGAAUGCAAUUUUACAACCCCAGCUAUUAAGAUGGAGAAAGGACCUAAGAUUAUUAACGUUAUUCUUAAAGUUGAAAAUAUUAAUAUAUCUUGCGGUGACUUUCAAUAUUAUCCUGAUCCUAAAUUUAUUCAUUAUGAACUAAUAACUGAUUUGGAACCUGACCUGGAAUUGAAAAUACAUAAAAAAAAAGACAACUUAAGUCUUUCUAGACAUGAACUUGAAGUUUUCAUAUCUGAUAAUAAUCUGAUCAACAUAACAUUCAACAUCCAAAAUAUUUCCAAAACAGCCACUCGUAGCAUAAUACACUGUAGAGCUAAACAGGAAAAAAACAUUACCAGGAAGAUUAAUAAGUCAAGCAUGAAAGUUUAUGUCAAGGUGGGGAAUUUUGUGUACGAAGUUCCUAAUGAAAAGAACUAUUCAUUCUUCUACAUUCUUUUGUUAAUCCCGAUAGUAAUUGUGGUUGCAGUUUUUGUCACCCAGCGAAAGUCCAAACAAUUAAAUCGAAAAUUGAGUGAACAUUUGGAGCUGUUGGAAUGUGAACUUCGUAAAGAAAUACGGGAAGGAUUUGUUGAACUACAAGUUGAAGAACAGGAUAUAGUUGAUAGCUUUGGAACAAUUCCAUUUCUUGAUUAUAAACAUUUUGUUCUUAGGACAUUUUUCCCAGAGGCUAAAGAUAUUUCAUCUAUAUUUAUUGACGACUCCAAUGAAUCACUAAGCAAAGAUCAGGGUCUAUAUGCAUUAAUUUGUAACAAAAAAUUUCUUGUUACUCUGAUUCACAUUCUUGAAAAACAGAAAACCUUUGAUGUAAAAGAUAGAUGCUUGUUUGCAUCUUUUUUAACAAUUGCACUACAGACAAAUCUAGUCUAUUUAACUAAUAUUCUAGAAGUUUUGACAAAAGAUUUGAUGGAGCAGUCUAGCAAUAUACAACCUAAGCUGAUGCUGAGGCGCACAGAAUCAGUAGUAGAAAAACUGCUUACAAACUGGAUGUCAGUUUGCCUUUCUGGUUUUCUUCGGGAAACAGUUGGGGAACCAUUCUUUUUACUUGUAACAACUUUAAAUCAAAGGAUUAUCAAGGGUCCUGUGGAUGUAAUAUCUUGCAAGGCCUUAUACACUCUAAAUGAAGACUGGUUACUGUGGCAAGCACCUGAAUUCAGCACAGUGGUAUUAAAUGUUGUCUUUGAAAAUAUGCAAGGAAAUGAGGCCAAUGGCGCUGCUCAGAAUAUCCAAGUUAAAAUAUUGGAUUGUGACACCAUUGGACAGGCCAAAGAGAAGAUCCUACAGGCCUUUCUGAACAAGAACGGAUCCCUCUAUGGUCUCCAGCUAAGAGAAAUGGGCCUGACUCUUGAAUCAGGUUCCCAAGCAAAAGAACUUCUGGAUGUAGAUGGUUCCUCCGUGAUUUUGGAAAAUGGAGUUACUAAGCUGAACACCGUAGGCCAUUAUGGGAUUUCAGAUGGAGCAACAAUGAAAGUAUUUAAGAAGAAACAAGAUAUAUCAGCUGAUGGAGAAUAUUCUGAGGACUAUUGCCAUCUGAUAUUACCAGAUGCAGAAGCAGCCAAAGAAUCACAGAGUGCAAAACAUAAAGGAAAACAAAAAUUUAAAGUCAAAGAAAUGUAUCUCACUAAACUUCUCUCUACUAAGGUUGCUAUCCACUCAACUGUUGAAAAGCUCUUUAGAAGUAUUUGGAAUUUGCCCAACAAUAAAGCCCCAAUUGCUAUUAAAUAUUUUUUUGAUUUUCUGGAUGCUCAGGCUGAAAAUAAAAAAAUUACAGAUCCUGAUGUGGUUCACAUAUGGAAAACCAACAGUUUGCCUCUUCGAUUCUGGGUGAAUAUUCUGAAGAAUCCUCAAUUUGUCUUUGAUAUUAAAAAGACUCCACAUAUAGAUGGCUGCCUGUCAGUCAUUGCACAAGCAUUUAUGGAUGCAUUUUCUCUAUCAGAGCAACAGUUGGGAAAGGAAGCACCAACAAAUAAACUUCUGUAUGCUAAGGAUAUACCACUUUAUAAAGAGGAAGUUAAAGCUUUCUAUAAAGCAAUAAGGGAUUUGCCUCCACUGCCCAGAGCAGAGCUGGAAGAAUUUUUAAUUCUGGAAUCACAGAAACAUGAAAAUGAAUUUAAUGAGGCUGAGGCCUUGAAUAAAAUUUACUCCUAUAUAACAAGAUACUUUGAUAAGAUACUGAAUAAAUUAGAGACAGAACGAGGGUUGGAAGAAGCCCAACAGCAACUCUUAAAUAUAAAAGGCUUAAUGGAUGAAAAGAAAAAAUGCAAAUGGGUGUAGUCAUUUAAUUUUAUAAUUGCUGCUGUUAUGGAACCAAAUUCAAAAUAUUGGCCAACUAGUUCUAUUCACACAAAAUCAGCAACGGAUGCCCUCAGAUCGGAACAGUCAUCUCCAGAUGUGUCAACAAAGUGGAGCCUGGACUGAGACAUAUACCUGCCUGCCUCUGGCAUCUGAAGGAAUCCCACUAUGCAGAUCUUCCCUUCUAGAUUGAUACAAUCAAGUAAUUUUUGGUUUAUUUUUUUGCAUUAAAAACCAUCUGAAAUGCAGUUCUUAUAUAAACAAACUGGUUAUGUUAUCGUUCACAACUUUGUCUAAUUUCGAUGCUGUUACUGAGCAGCAAUUUAUGUGCCUUAAAAGACCUCUCAGUUGGUUUCUGAUAAGCACAAAUAUAUCCCCUUGUUAUUCAUAGUCUGAGCGUCAAAAUUAGAGAGCUUUCAACUGCUACAUGGCUGUAUAAUGAAGUGCAGAUUUUCAACCUCCCCCAAAUAGUUGCACAUUGUGGCACAACUGAAAGUGAUGUGGGACUGAAAUAGAGGGGAAGAUUACCACCCAGCACAUUGAUACAGCUAUGCAAUUCACCUCUUGAUAAAGUGGGUUUAUUAUCCAGCUCUACCACUGAAGAUGUCACUGACGCAUCCAUGUAAGUUUCUUGGCAUGAUAAUGGAAGUGGUUUGCAAAAGGCAGUUUCCCUGUUUUCAGAACACAAACUUACACUUUGAAAUUCUUCCAUCACUGUAUCUGCACUUUUUAAAAAUGGAGCUGGUGGCCUUUCCUAUCUGUAUUUUCAUUAGUAUAUACAUGCAUUGUAAAUAUAAGGGCAAAAAUAAAAAUUACAAAGGGGUUUUUUUUAACAACUGAAGAUUCAUAAAUGUAUCAUAAUUUUAUUAUUGAGUAGUUUAUUAUAUAAAGUAAAUGUGGAUGAGGGCAUCACGUAGAUUUAGGCUCUUCCUCAGCUUCUAUGCCUUCCCUUGCGAUUGGAAUACCAAUUUUCUCAGCUAUAUUUUAUAGGGCCUGCAGUGCCUGCAUUUGAAGGCAAAACCAUAUUGUCUGCAACUCCUUCAGGAAGUUGUAUCUUUUCCUGGGAUUGGGCUGGUUCACCAAAGUUAUAGCAGAAUCCCAGGAAUAGGUUUGGUAUAAAGAGUGCUAUGUACAUACCCUAAAGCCUGGGUGUCAAACUUGCGACACCAUAUCAUCACGUGAUGUAUCAUGACUUUUUCCCCCUUUGCUAACCCGGGGGUGGGCAUGCCCAGCAUGAGACACAUCCAGCCCAGGGGCUGCUAGUUUGACACCCCUACUCUAAAGUGUCUCCUAGAUUUCAAAUAUGAAGCACUGCUGUGUUCUAAUAUUUAGAGUUUAUUUGUUGCCUAUCACAUCCUGCUCAGAUUAAUAUUUACAGGGAACACAUCAGCAGAUGUUUGCAUGUGCUGUAUCAAUUUUUAAAUUUUUAAACAAAAAAACUUAAAAGUGCCUCAACAAAUUGCAGGUUUUGGUCCCACUACUUCUUGCUAGGAAAAUUCUAACGGCAUUGGAAAGAUUAACUAGCCAUUAUAGGCUGAGGAUUCUUUAGGGCGAACUUGCCCAACCUUGGCAAUUUUUAGACGUAGAUUCCAACUCCCAGAAUUCCCAAGAUGUGUUUCACUACAGGGGUCCCCAACUCCAGGCUGCAGACUAGUACCAGUCCAUAGCCCUUUGGAAACUGGGUCAUGCAAGCAGUAGGUGAGCACAUAAAGCUCUAUUUGUGCAUGCAAAGAAUUACGUUGUGCACAUGAAACCCUCCCAGCCUGCCACUGCCGGUCUGUGAAACCAAAAACGUUGAGAUCACUGUUCUAAUAGAUAGGAAAAUGGAGGGAAGAGCCAUUCCCACACUGUUUCUUCUAAGGUGUAGAUAGGUAGAGAAGAAACCUGUAUAUUUUUCAUUGAAUACAUCUAUGUAAAAAUAAAAAAGCAAAGCACUAAGGCUGCUUUGUUUUUUCUUUUUUUCAGAAAAUGUUUUACAAUCAUGUGGAAAGUAGAUUUUAAAAAAUUAAAAGAAUAUUAUACACAAGGUGACAUAUUUACCAAUAGAUGCUGAACAUUUCCCUCCCUAAAUAAUUACCUGUUAAUGAGUAACAUAGGAAUGAGCAAAGCAGACAACUGAAUGUUACACAGCAUGGAUGUCUCUAAAGGUCAGACCAGAGCUUCCUAAACUAAAUCUGUUCAGAAAUGAUACAAUGUAUUUGUAUGUUCCCAUCCCCCACACAAUUAAAAUGAAUGAUUAUAAUGGGAUCCAACUUGGGCAAGAAAUAACUAUACAUUUUCAAAAAUUAGCAUUUAGUUUUUAUAUCCAAUAAAACCAUAAUAAAGCUAUACAAGGGAAUUUCUUUGUAAAUAAGCAAUUCCUCCCUCCCCAUAUUUAAAACUGUAUUUUUAAUGGAAAAGGGAAGGACAUGCUGACUUUAGUUCCUGAAUUCGAGUUUCAUUUUGAAGAGUUACUGUUAUGCAGCAGAGUCAGGAAGGAAAGGGGGCGAAGGUGCCUCUAAACCAGCUUGAGUUAAACACUUGCACAACACUGACAGAUGUUGCUUUCAGAAUAUCUGCCAGUUAUUGCCCAGGCCCAAGGGCUGCUCUUUUGAAGGGCAAAAUGGUGAUGAUGGUGCUUGUGAAAGAAAAAAAUAUAUGAAAAAGACCACUCAGGCUUAUUUGACAGGCAUUAUAGAAUUGCUUUGCUUUCAGUAACUGUUAAACCUACUCAAAAAAGGAGCAGCAAGGAAGGUACUCAGAAUGGGAUUUCCCCAAAAUUAACCCUUUUUAAAUACCUAAACAGGAUCCCCCCCUUCUUUCUUCCCUUUUUCAUCCUAAUUCAUGAUUUCUGUUCAGUUGUUUUCCUCCUGUUCUUUUUCUCCCCAAACAGCCACUCUUUCUUGAAUUGUCAUGCUGAUGUUUUUUUUAAAAAAUGUUCCAUUUCCACUGGGGAAUGUGUGUGUGUAUAUAUAUAUAUAUAUAUAUUUCUCUGCGUAAAAGUGGUUUGUGCAUGCAGAAAGGAUCAGUAUUGUAAGUGGAGCACUUUAUUUCAUUUUGAUCAGUAGUUACUAAAUUAAUACAUUCGGGACCAGGGAUUAUACUCAUUUAAGGGGAAAAUAAUUUCCAAUAAGCAUAUAGAUAUAGAGGCAUAGGGUGGGAAGGGGAAUGUCUGGAACUGGAUUUUAAAGUUAUUUGAAAAUUGCAAUGUAUUUAUUGCAUAUUGCAUUAUUGAGAGGAACUACUGAAAUAAAAUAUUUCUGACAAUCUCUGGAAACAAGCCAAAUUUUAGCAUUCCUACUAUAAAUGUGUAAAACAAUUAAAAUUUUAUAGAUGCAUAUAAUUCCAAUCUAUUAGACUUAAAGUAACUGUUUACAAGUAUAAAUGGAGUUGGAAAAUGUAUUGUAUGAAUAUGUAAAAUAUUUCAUUUCAUACAUAUAAACUGUGAUGUUUGUUUUUGUUUGAUUUGAAAUUUUAGUAUAUGUUCCAGUUUUUCAAGAAAUCAAUGUGAAAACAAGUAUAGCAUUUUUAAAUGGGCAAAUAGUUUAGAAGGGUUUUUUUUUUUUUACAGAAAUCAGUUUUAUUCCAGAAUUAUAAUUUUCAAACCUGGAAAAAAAAUAAAG